CCGGUCCCGCCGCCACCCUCUCCGCGGCGGAUUGACGAUGAUGAGGAUGAAGAGCUGGAUCUGAACAAGACCCUGGGGGUGCAGCGGUUUCAGCAGAUCCUCCACCCGCCGGCCCGUGGACCCCCAGAGAAGCACCGGGCCUAUAACGAGGAGGACUUUGAGUGUGAGCAAACCACCCACCCACCCACCCACCCACCCACCGCUGAUUUAGCCUAGUUACCUCUCAUUUCUAUCCAAUCACUGUUUUAAUGCGGUGACCGUGUAGGGGUUAAGUAAUUCCAUUGUGUUUGGAAAUAGCCUGUAUAGACAGAGACAAGUGCGGCAAAUCGGUGUUCGCUUAAUAUGCAUAUCCCUGCCAGUUAAAUACUGGAGGACUUGGAUAGGGAGCUAUCUGUUCUAUGGUAAACAUGUUUACUCCAGUUAUUCUCCUGACCCUGUGGAGAAAUGACCACACUACUGUAGGUUCUGUUUGUCUUUACUUCCUCCUUUUGCGUUUUUGACAUCAAGUCAUAUCAAUCAAUGCAAACAAUGGAAGUGAAACGACCAAACACGGUCUCCCUCUCUCCUGUCUCCAGACCACCGCCAGUCCUCUCAUCACAUCCACCACCCGCUGUCCAAACUGCCCCCAGAAGGGAAGACAAAGAAGAGCAAGAAGAAGAAGAAGAAGGAGGGAGCGGGACGGAGGAGAGGAUCUGGGGCCGGAGGAGCUCCCACCAUAGAGGAGGACGAGGAGGAGGAAGAGGAGGCAGAGGGAGAGUACGAUGGAGAGGGGGGCCAGACCACCACACCUACACCUGAUACAGAGACGGACACACACAACGACGAUGUGCAGGUGGAGUCACAAGCUUAAAAUGGUUUAUACAAAGGGUAUACACACCAUACAUACUGAACACACACACACACACUAUAAGACACACACACACACACUAUAAGACACGCACACACACACAAACACACUAUAAGACAAACACACACUAUAAGACACACACACACAUACACACACUAUAACACACAUACACACACUAUAAGAUAAACACACAAACACUAUGUUUCACCGAGUCGUGGCUGAACGACGAAACGGAUAAUAUAGAGCUGGCUGGGUUUUCCAUGCAUUGGCAGGACAGAGAAGCUACGUCUGGUAAGACGAGGGGCGGGGGUGUGUGUCUAUUUGUCGAUAACAGCUGGUAGCUAGCAAUGUCUAAUAUUAAGGAAGUCUCGAGGUAUUGCUUGCCUGAGGUAGAGUACCUCAUGAUAAGCUGUAGACCCACUAUCUACCAAGAGAGUUCUCAUCUAUAUUAAUCGUAGCCAUCUAUUUACCACCAUAAACCGACGCUGGCACUAAGACCGCACUCAACGAGCUGUAUAUGGCCAUAAGCAAACAAGAAAAUGCUCAUCCAGAAGCGGCGCUCCUAGUGGCCAGGGACUUUAAUGCAGGCAAACAUAAAUCCGUCUUACCUCAUUUCUACCAGCAUGUCACAUGUGCAACCAGAGGGGAAAACAACUCUAGACCACCUUUACUCCACACACAGAGACGCGUACAAAGCUCUCCCUCGCCCUCCAUUUGGCAAAUCCCUUUUGAUUCCUGCUUAGAAGCUAAAACUAAAGCAGUAAGCACCAGUGACUUGUUCAAUACAGAAGUGGUCUGGUGACGCGGAUGCUAAGCUACAGGAAUGUUUUGCUAGCACAGACUGGAAUAUGUUCCUGGAUUCAACCGAUGGCAUUGAGGAGUACACCACCUCAGUCACUUGCUUUGUCAAUAAGUGCAUCGAUGACAUCGUCCCCACAGUGACCGUACGUACACAUCCCAACCAGAAGCCAUGGAUUACAGGCAACAUCCUCACUGAGCUAAAGGCUAGAGCUGCCGCUUUCAAGGAGCGGGACACUAAUCUGGACGCUUAUAACAAAUCCCGUUAUGGCCUCCGACGAACCAUCAAACAGGCAAAGCGUCAAUACAGGAUUAAAAUGGAAUCCUACUACACCAGCUCUGACGCUCGUCGGAUGUGGCAGGGCUUGAAAACUAUUACGGACUACAAAGGGAAACCCAGCCGCGAGCUGCCCAGUGACGCGAGCCUACCAGAUGAGCUAAAUGCCUUUUAUGCUCGCUUUGAGUAAAGCAACACUGAAGCAUGCAUGAGAGCACCAGCUGUUCCGGACGACUGUGUGAUAACGCUCUCGAUAGCCGAUGUGAGCAAGACCUUUAAACAGGUCAACAUUCACAAAGCCACGGGGCCAGACAGAUUACCAGGACGUGUACUCAAAGCAUGCGCGGACCAACUGGCAAGUGUCUUCACUGACAUUUUCAAACUCUCCAUGACCGAGUCUGUAAACCUACAUGUUUCAAGCAGACCACCAUAGUCCCUGAUGCCAAGGAAGAGAAGGUAACCUGCCUAAAUGAUUACCGCCCUGUAGCACUCACGUCGGUAGCCAUGAAGUGCUUUGAAAGGCUGGUCAUGGCUCACAUCAACAGCAUCAUCCCAGAUACCCUAGACCCACUCCAAUUUGCAUACCGCCCCAACAGAUUCACAGAUGACGCAAUCUCAAUCGCACUCCACACUGCCCUUUCCCACCUGGACAAAAGGAACACCUAUGUGAGAAUGCUGUUCAUUGACUACAGCUCAGCGUUCAACACCAUAGUGCCCACAAAGCUCAUCACUAAGCUAAGGACCCUGGGACUAAACACCUCCCUCUGCAACUGGAUCCUGGACUUCCUGACGGGCCGCCCCCAGGUGGUAAGGGUAGGCAACAACACGUCUGCCACGCUGAUCCUCUACACUGGGUGCAGCUCAGGGGUGCGUGCUUAGUCCCCUCCUGUACUCCCUGUUCACCUACGACUGCGUGGCCAAACACGACUCCAACAGCAUCAUUAUGUUUGCUGACGACACAACAGUGGUAGGCCUGAUCACCGACAACGAUGAGAGCCUACAGGGAGGAGGUCAGAGACCUGGCAGUGUGGUGCCAGGACAACAAACUCUUUCUUGAAAUGCAUUGUUGGUUAAGGGCUUGUAAGUAAGCAUUUCACGGUAAGGUUACCUGUUGUAUUUGGCGAAUGUGACAAAUAAAGUUUGAUUUGAUUUAUAAGACACACACACACACACACACUCAGCUACUUUCUUUUUUAACAGGUAGGCUUCUUCCUCAUUGACCCCAAUCUGUCUGUAGUUCUUUGUGUCUGAGGAUGACUGUGCCAGUGCCACUACUACCCCCACGCCAAGCCAGCCUGGCAGUGCCAGCUUUCCCAGGCACCUCACCAUCGUACCCGAGACUGCUCUGGGCACCAACCUGCCAGAGGAUGCCACACCUACUGAGUGAGCAACACACACACAAUCACAUAUACUGCACACACAAUCACAAACAUUCAUGCAAAUUCACACAGAGCCUCUGUCUGUAUAUCUGUCUGUCUGCAUGUCUGUCCGUCUGUAUGUAUGUCUGUCUGCAUGUCAUUGCCAUGGUACCAGUAAGCCAGUGGACUCGGUGUCGGCCCCUCACAAAGGGAGGAACGGCCUGUCCUCCGGCCCCUCCCGGGAGUCCCCCAGCCCCUCCACAUGGGGCUCCAUACCUCCCUCCUCCAGAGUACCGCCCCCUGGUGGCAGCCGCAGCUACGACCUGCAGGAGCGCCGGCGCUCGGGCAACAUGACGUGCGGGCUGCAGGAGCAUCACCAGCGCCAGGCCACCGACGACAGCGAGGCCCAGAUGCUGGGGUCUGCCGACCUGGAUGGAAUCAAGAGUGAGUACCAAUCA